UUCAACUACGCAUGUCUGGCUUCCUUACCAACGUGCACCUGUUGAAUAGAAAUGCUGUCACAUUUGUUGGGAAAACAUCAAAGUAAUGUGAAAGGAAUGUGAUAUUUUUAAAUACAAAAUGCAGAUAAAGACUACUUUAAUUUAUUGUGCAUGAUUUAGUAUCUUAGUAUGUCCCAUGGCAAGUCAACCUAAAAAGUCAGCUAUGAAGAAAGAUUCUGGAGAGAAGGGAGAUAAAUCUCGUCCAGUCUCAUCUAAAUUAACAAAAAGGGAGUCUUCAGCCAAAAUAGUAAAUAGCAAUACAAAUGGAUUGUUUAGCAAAUCAAAACAGGAUCAAAUACUCAAAGACAAUUCAGAGUUACAAGCUGAAGUCAAAUCUUUAAAUUCUAGAAAUUUGGAACUAAUGGAAAGAUUAAGACUUAUAACAACUGAUCUUGUUGAACAUUCCAAAUCAAAAGGGUACAAAUAUAGUGCAAGUAAUCAAAACAUGGAUGUGCUGGAUUUACCAAUAGGAAACAUUUCUGAACUUAUUGAGUUUUUGACACAUGGGAAAGAUCCUAGAAAUAGGGCUUCUAUAGAAACACGGGUAGAGGAACUAGAAACAAGAAUUACUCAUUUGAAUAUGGAAUUAGCAAAGAUGUUGGAACUGAGAAUUAACUAUGAACAUGGACUAGAUGCAAUUCAAAACUGUAAUAAUUUGUUUGAUGCUCAAAAUAGAGCUAGAUUUUUGUUAUAUGAAACAAAAGGGAGUAGGCUGUUUACUUUCCUAGAAAAAGAUCAGUUUGGUGUUACUGAGGAAGAAAUAACUAACAACCACAAUACCUCAACUACAGUGACAACCUCAGAAGUCAAACCUAGUAUUACUCAUACCGAGUCCAUUAUCAAAAAACUUAAAACCUUAGAUUUAACACCGCCCAUUAACAAGUUACCAGGAGAAACACAUAUAAAGAAAAUGGACAAAGACCUUGAGCAAUACAUCAUCAAUGAACUAAGUCUAUGUAAAGGAAAUGGUGCGGAUUGGAGACUGUUUGCUGAGAGAGUAGGGAUAUCUACAGAGACUGUGGUACAGUGGAAAAAAUGGAAGUUAGAAUUACCUAUGAAAUAUGUGUUAGAGACUUGGUCACACAGUCCAGCAGCUACAAUGAGAAUGUUACAUAGACAUUUAGUCUCACCACAACUUAGAAAUACUCUUCUUGCCAAAAGAAUAAGUGAUUUUUAUAAAGUUGAUUAGUAAUAAUAUCAUAUGAAUGCAAUUAUAAAUUAUUUAUGAAACUCCUGCACUAAUAAUGAAUUAAAGGAAUAUGUAUGCAAACAUGA